UUGCUCCUGCCUCCCGUGCAGCCUCUUUCCGUCGCGCGUCCCCCAGCCUCUCGACGUUGUGAGUGUAGAGAAGCAGGCGCUGGCCAAGGCCUUGCCUGUUCGGCACUCAUGUGUUCGCACGGGAGAUGAUGAGGCUCGGCCACAUUUUAGGCUAAGUUCUCCUCAUUCCCUAUUACGAAUACCACGCUCCACCGUCGCAGCAACAGCAGCGGGUGGCAAAACUACAAAAAAUUCUCGACGUGAUUACAGGUCCUAGGCGCACCGACGCCGCUUCGCUCAUCAGCCGCUUUGUGUAUUUGUGGUGGUGUGUGUUAAGCAGCAGAGAUUCCAACCGGGGGAGGGAGAUAAGACGCGGUGCGUGAUUUCGUUGCUGUCCUUAUUCCCUGGAACUCUGUUUAGCAGGGCCUGAAAACUUGAAAAUAAAAGAAAAACUUAAAAACCUAGAUCCCAAAGACUUAUCAAUCCACGUGGAAGACCUACUUUAUCUUCUCGCCGUUGAAAAAAAAACACUUCCAACAGUGUUGUUCUACUCUUCGGGACAGCUUCGCUCAAACCUUGUGUCUACAGUCAGUAACUAUGGCUCAGGCUACAGCACAGCCGCAGGCUCCUGCUGCCAGCGGGCCCGCGCCGACUCAGUUUGUGUCAACUUCUCUAUAUGUCGGGGACCUGGAGCCCAAUGUGUCUGAAGCUCAAUUAUACGAGAUGUUCAGUCAGGUUGGGCAAGUUGUAUCGAUCCGGGUUUGCCGUGACCUUAUCACCAGGCGCUCCUUAGGAUACUCCUACGUCAACUAUAACAACGCUCAAGAUGCUACUCGUGCCCUGGAGUUGCUCAACUUUACCGGUGUGAAUGGAAAACCAAUUCGUAUUAUGUUCUCCCACAGAGAUCCAAGCAUUAGGAAGAGUGGUACAGCCAAUAUUUUUAUCAAGAAUUUGGACAAGUCCAUUGAUAAUAAGGCGUUGCACGACACGUUCGCAGCAUUCGGUAACAUUCUCUCUUGUAAGGUGGCAACUGAUGCUUCUGGCCAGUCGAAGGGGUACGGCUUUGUCCAGUUUGAGCAAGAGGAAUCAGCUCAGAAUGCCAUCGAAAAAGUGAAUGGAAUGCUCUUGAACGACAAGCAGGUGUUUGUUGGUCCUUUUGUGCGUCGCCAGGAAAGAGAUCAGGCAGGUGGAGUUUCCAAGUUCAACAAUGUGUAUGUCAAGAAUCUUGCAGACGUCACAACUGACGACGAAUUGAAGAAAGUGUUUGGAGCUUGGGGUCCAAUCAGCAGCGCUGUGGUCAUGAGGGACAACGAUGGCAAGUCUAAGUGCUUUGGAUUUGUCAACUUCGAACAUCCUGAUGAUGCCGCCAAAGCCGUUGAGGCUCUGCAAGGCAAGAAGUUCGAUGAGAAAGAAUGGUAUGUCGGACGUGCGCAGAAGAAGUCAGAGCGGGAAGCAGAGCUUAGGGCGAAAUUUGAGCAAGAGCGCAAAGAGAGGAUCGAAAAGUACCAAGGAGUCAACUUAUACCUGAAGAAUCUGGACGAUACGGUCGAUGAUGAGAAGAUCAGAGAGCUUUUUGCAGAAUACGGAACCAUUACAUCUUGCAAGGUGAUGAGAGACCAUCAGGGUCAGAGCAAGGGUUCUGGAUUUGUUGCGUUUUCAUCUCCGGAUGAAGCAACGCGAGCGGUGACUGAAAUGAAUGGCAAGAUGGUUGGUAACAAACCACUAUACGUAGCCUUAGCACAGCGCAAGGAAGAGAGGAGGAUGAGAUUACAGGCUGCCUUCGCACAAAUGCGAACUCACGUUGGUCCUGCCGUUCCAACUAGCCUUCCUAUGUACCACCCUGGCGCUCCAGGGAUGGGUCCUCAGAUGUCCUACUACGGACAACAUCCUCCUGGUCCUAUUCCACUUCAGCCUACCGCGUAUGGAUUCCAGCCCCAAAUCAUCAGACCUGGUGGAGCUCAGAUUCCAAAUUAUAUUGGAUAUCCGAAUGUUCCCCCGAGACAGGGACAGCAAGGACAGCGUGCCGGAGGAAGGCGCGGAGGGGCGCCUCAGCAACCACAGCAACAAAUGAUUCAACGGGGUGGUAACCGCAACUUCCGAUAUAUUCCUAAUGCACGGAACACUCCGGAUGUCUCUGUUCCUCCUCAGGGCAUUAUAAACACUAUGCUACCUGUUCCUCUUGAAAUCGGAGGGGCACCAGCAGCCAAUGUCGAUCCUGGCGUUCCUCAGCAGCCUUUGCCGAUUAGUGCCCUUGCUUCGGCUUUGGCUUCUGCCCCUCCUGAUCAACAGCGUGCCAUGCUUGGUGAGCAGCUUUACCCACUGGUGGAUCAGCUGGAGCAUGAUUUUGCUGGUAAGGUGACGGGUAUGCUUCUUGAGAUGGAUCAAACUGAAGUUUUGCACUUAAUUGAGUCGCCCGAUGCCUUGAAGGCUAAGGUAGCUGAAGCCAUGGAGGUAUUGCGCAUGGCUCAAGCGGUUCCGUCCGCACCAACUGACCAACUUGGGAACCUUUCCAUCAGCGAUUCAGCAUGAAGAGCUUUACAUGCGGGAUCCUGACUGGGCCAGUCAUCUUUGGGGUGGGGUUGUCUGUGUAGACAGCUCUACGACUGCUCAGUGAGGAGCAGCUAGGAAUGUUGUCCAAAUUUGGUGGGACAGAGUGGGUACUACUUUGUUGUUUUGGCACUAAUUUCUUUCUUGACUAGCGAUCCAACUUGUUGGUCUUAGUUAGUUGCUGUUAUUCUGGAGAGGAUAUGACAUACAUCCAGGGUUUACCCGUUCUGUUGUUUUUUUUGAGCAGUUUAUAAAAGAGUCUUGGAAAAUGAAAAAAUAAAUAAAAUAAAAAUGAAGUAGCGGCGUUCUCGUGUCAGAAUGUCCUUGACUUCUGUAAGUGUGAUUUUUUUUUUUUUAAUCUUUGUUUUUUUUUUUCGUCAAAGAAAAAUAGAGUGGCCUCUGAGUGCCCUUGUUCAUAUCACGCAUUCAAUAUAAUUAGUUUUGUA